GAUAAGCUAAUUUUGUUAAGGUUAAGUUUUUUAAAAUUUAAUUUAGAAUUUUGAUUAUAAUUAUAAUAAACUGAAAGAUUUAAUUUUGUUACAAGAUUUAAAGUUUCAGAUGUAAAUAAUUUAUGAUUUAAAAAAUAAAAAACCGUUGCAAUUACUACAACAUAAAACGGCGCGCUUUGGUCUAUGUCUUCUUCAGUUCCCGCUCUCGGCGAUCCCUUUUCAAAACGUCUGCUCGUGGUACGUCGCGUAACAAAGAGGAAGCACAGAAAUCGUCAAUGGAGCAGCAUGUGUGGAACUCGUGCGAACAGUCUCUCGACACCGAUAAGCCUCUAUCUCCGCAAGCCCUAGUUUCCAUGAGGUCCCUUAUCAUUAAUCCUCACACUUCCAAUUCUGUUAUCUCUUCAAUUCUGGAAACCCUAACUCGCUCUCUCCAGCUGUCCGCUGACUCGCUUACUCACCAUCACACUCUCAAGCUACUCACUGAGCUCGCCUCGUACCGCACUCAUCUCUCCCCUAUUAUAUUCCGCUCCCUCAAUUCUAGCUCGCUCCUCUCCACUGACUCCACUCUCCUAGCUGCUGAGUCACUCGCCGCACUCUCUUCCAUCGCAGAGGGCGAUCCAACUUUACCGAUCGAGCUGGAUGAUCGGCUCUUUGUGUCGCUGUGUUUUGGUCCCUCGGUGUCUGCACGAUUGUGGCUUCUAAGAAAUGCCGAGAGGUUUGGUAUAAGUACAAACGUGUUGUUCACUGUGUUUUUGGGGUUUACGAAGGAUCCUUAUCCCUAUGUGAGGAAAGAGGCCUUAGAUGGAUUAGUUGGCUUGUGUAAAUUCGGAGUUUUUGAAGACUGUAGUGUGAUAGAAGGAUGCUAUUACCGUGGUGUUGAACUUCUAAAAGAUCCAGAAGAUUGUGUACGGUGUGCUGCAGUUGGCGUGGUCAAUAAAUGGGGUCAAAUGCUUAUAGCAGCCAAUCAAGAAGAUAAAAGAGAUUGGUCAAAUACAGUAUUCAUGCAGCUCUGUUCUAUGGUGAGGGAUAUGUGUGUGGGAGUCAGGAUAGAAAGUUUUAGUGCCCUCGGGAACAUACAAAUGGUAUCUGAGGAUAUUUUGUUACAAACCUUAUCUAAGAAGGUUCUAUCAAUCAUUAAAGGGAAGAAAUCUCAGAGUCUACACACUACAGAAAGUUUUGAAAUUUUGGCAUCAAGUGCUGCUGGAGCUUUCAUUCAUGGGCUUGAAGAUGAAUUUGAUGAGGUGCAAAAGUCUGCCUUGUGCUCACUGCGGAAGCUCAUUGUCCUUUCUUCUGAGUUUGCUGGUCAGGCCUUAAACCUGUUGAUGGACAUGCUGAAUGCCAAUUCAAUGGUUGUCAGGUUAGAAGCUCUGGAAACACUUCAUCAUAUGGCAACCUAUGAGUGUCUAAAUGUGCAAGAGAUACACAUGCAUAUGUUUCUUGGCACUCUCAUUGACAAUAAUGAUCUAAUAAGAUCUGCAGCAAGAAAAAUAUUUAAAUUAGUGAAGCUGCCUAGUCUGGAGUUAUUUAGACUCUCUACCAAUGGCCUUCUUGAAAGCUUGGAGAUAUAUCCUCAGGAUGAAGCAGGUGUCUUCUCUGUUUUGUUUCAUAUAGGUCAAAACCAUGGGAAUUUUACAGCCUGCAUUAUCAAAGAGGUUUCCCAAGAGAUAGAGCCAGUUUCUAAUGGAGAAUUGGGCCUGGACAGCAUAAGAGUAGCUGCACUUCUUGUACUUUCUAUCUCAGUUCCACUCUCGCAUAAUCAGAACGGUCAAAGUUUUCCACCCACAUUAUUCUCUUAUGCGGUUACAUUGCUAGGGCGUAUAUCUUCUGCUUUAAAUGACAUUGUGGACCAGAAUACUCUUUUGGCAUAUUUAUCUCAGUGCAGUAGAUCUUAUAUGUCAUCUGGCAUGGAAGUUGAAGGGGAAGAAUCGUCACGGCCUGUGGUUAAUGUUGAUAUUGCAACUAAUACUAGCAAUCCUGUUGCAAUGCCUUCAAUGCAAAGGGGCAAUGAAAAUUCUGAAAUUCAUUCUAUGAUAUCUUGUGAAUCAGGGGAUGUCGGGACUUCAAUUGUAGAAUGCCAGCUGGAGGAGCAUGAUCAAAUCAGGAAGUCUUUGAAUCUUGUAUUUGCCCAGGUCAAAGAUGCAUGGCUCUUGGUACAAUCAAGUUACAGCAGUGAAGCAUUAAAGAUUUUGAGGGCUUGCAAGGAAAAGUUGGCCAUUUUUACUCCUGCAUUACUUGAAAAUGUUGGUGCAUUGGCAUUGACUUCGCAGUACCUCCAUGUAAUUAAACUGCUUGUUAAGAUAUGGGGGCACGUUGUGUGGAAGGUCCAGUCUUGUGAAAUAGGAGAGCUAGAGAUUCUCUUAGGGAAACUAGAAAGGAGGCUCAGAGAAAUGAGGUGUAGAUUUAUAGGGUUUUCUAAAGAAGAGGAGGCACAUGUUUUGGAGCUUACACUUUUGUCAUGUGUACUAAGGUUGUCCAAAGUUGAAAUCUGCUGCUACCUUACCACUUUGAAGAAGCUGACUACAACAGUUUCAUGUAUAGAAUUUCUUCACAAGGAAGGAUCUAUUGAAUUGUCCAAUUUUGUAAUGGAAGUUAAGAAAACUUUGCAUGAGGUAGGCACUUCAAUAGGAGGUGUCUCCUGCAGUUCCUUCAUGUUUAAGAAGUUGAUUAACCAUUAUUCAGCUAAGCAGUUCAGUUUCAGCAAAGUAACUCAUUUAUAUGCAGCAUUGAGUGUUCCUGGUAAUGAUUUUGAAAACCCUCUUCCUUUCAUCCCAGGCCUACCUGUAGCUAUACCUUUAGAGAUUACGUUACACAAUGUUCCAAGGGAGACUAGGUUGUGGGUGAGGAUGGCAAUGAGUGAAGACUUGGUUCAGUUUUUCUUUUUAGAUUUGAAGAUUCUCGGAGGGUGUGAUGUGGUCAGAAAAUUUACGCAUUCUAUCCCCUUUUACCGAACUCCUAAAGCAGGUUCAUUCGCAUUAAGUGUUUGUAUAGUAAUGGAACUCUUGUUUGAGGAUGCACAUUCAGUAAAAAGCUUUGGUGGUCCAAAGCAUGCAUUAGUCCAUCUUUGCCCGGAAGAAGAAGUUUACCUGAAAAUGAUUUAGGACUGCAUGGUGUUUUGUAAUAUUGCCAUCAAUAAAUUGCUCAGGAAGAGAAUGGUUGCUGUAUAUAAGCCAUCUGCUAGCUAAAAAUUUGAUACGUCAGCAGACGACUGAUGCAUGGAAUUUUUCUUUUGUACCAUUUGGUGGUCAUGGAACUGGCUCUAUUCCAGAAGGGUCCAGAAAGUGAGCAGCUUUUCCAGGUAAAAUUUUCAGGAUUAUGCUUGUCAUCAGUCAGUAGAUUGAUUUUGUAUAAGAUGCUCUUUGAUGUCAGUUCUGAAAAAGAAAACAUUUAACCAGUUUAUUCGCCUUUCAAAACCGUCCCUGGGCAUUUACUGAAGUGGGAAGCUUUUUCAAUUAUAUGCCUUUACCCGUUGUUAUCUUGAGGUAUUUCUUGGAUGAAAUUUCCAACUCUAUCGUAACAUUCAGUCUUUUAUCGUACUGCCUGUUUAUGUUUACAUCCACUGCUCUGUCAUUUUCCAUCACUGCCACAACGCGAUGGAUAGUCAAGAGCAGCACUUGGUGCUUAGUUGCGACUGAGGGAGUAGGGGAGAAUAGCGUGAAGUUGAAGGCGUGAGGGAGAAGGAGAUCAAAGGAAGGGGUAUUGUGGAGCACAAAAAAGGGAUCAUGAUUGAAACAAAAAGAAUCGCAAGGCAGAGGAUUGCAACACGAGGCUAAUUGGAGGCUUUAUAAGCUUUAAACCACUGAACCAGAUGGAAGCAAUUAUAUUUUAGCUGAAUAUAUACUUGCAUUUUUUUAUUAAUUGAGAUUGACCAA